AUGGCGACGGCUAGGUCUACACGUAGAUGGAAUUGUGGAUUUCUAAUCACGGCUGCUAACAAUGGGGAGCUUCAAAAGCUUAAAGAUCUUGUGAUGAGGGGCGCCGAUGUUAACUCGCGCAGCCGGAAUGGGAAUACACCUUUGCUCAUGGCUAUGCAAUCCAACGUCGAGGAAGUUGUUCGUUUUCUGCUGAAACAGGGCGCCAAUAUCAACGCACAAGGCAGGGAUGGGGAGACGCCUUUACAUCGGGCGGUAUUUCAUGAUAAAGAGCGUUUUGUUCGUAUUUUGGUGGAGCAGGGCGCCAGCGUCGACAUACAGAAUAUAAAUGGGGAGACACCUUUACAUCAGGCGGCUUUACAUGGCAACGAAGACUUUGUUCGUAUUUUGGUGGAGCAGGGCGCCAACGUCAACACAAAUGGGGAGACACCUUUACAUCAGGCGGUUUCAGAUGGCAACGAAGAUUUUGUUCGUAUUUUGGUGGAGCAGGGCGCCAAUAUCAACACACAGAAUACAAAUGGGGAGACACCUUUACAUCAGGCGGUUUCAGAUGGCAACGAAGAUUUUGUUCGUAUUUUGGUGGAGCAGGGCGCCAAUAUCAACACACAGAAUACAAAUGGGGAGACACCUUUACAUCAGGCGGUUUCAGAUGGCAACGAAGAUUUUGUUCGUAUUUUGGUGGAGCAGGGCGCCAAUAUCAACACACAGAAUACAAAAAGACAAACAGCUUUACACCUGGCAACCUCACGUGGUACCAUGGGUAUUCUACGUCUACUGGUAGAGAAGAACGCUGAUGUAAACCUACAGGAUCAGAAUGGGGAGACACCUUUACAUCAGGCGGCUUUAUAUGGGAACGAAGAUUUUGUUCGUAUUUUGGUGGAGCAGGGCGCCAACGUCAACACACAGAAUUCAAAAAGACAAACAGCUUUACACCUGGCAGCCUCACGUGGUACCAUGGGUCUUCUACGUCUACUGGUAGAGAAGAGCGCUGAUGUAAACCUACAGGAUCAGAGAGGACAGACCGCUUUACAGCUGGCAUUGUCAGGUAGUACCCUGGACGUCCUUCGUCUUCUAGUUGAGAACAGCAAUGAUGUCAACGUUCAGAAUCCGAAAAGACAAACAGCUUUACACCUGGCAGCCUCACAUGGUACCAUGGGUUUUCUACGUCUACUGGUAGAGAAGAACGCUGAUGUAAACCUACAGGAUCAGAAUGGGGAGACACCUUUACAUCAGGCGGCUUUACAUGGCUACGAAGAUUUUGUUCGUAUUUUGGUGGAGCAGGGCGCCAACGUCAACACACAGAAUUCAAAAAGACAAACAGCUUUACACCUGGCAACCUCAAGUGGUACCAUGGGUCUUCUACGUCUACUGGUAGAGAACAGCGCUGAUAUAAACCUACAGGAUCAGAAUGGGGAGACACCUUUACAUCAGGCGGCUUUACAUGGCAACGAAGAUUGUGUUCGUAUUUUGGUGGAGCAGGGCGCCAACGUCAACACACAGAAUUCAAAAAGACAAACAGCUUUACACCUGGCAGCCUCAUGUUGUAGAAUGGGUCUUCUACGUCUACUGGUAGAGAACAGCGCUGAUAUAAACCUACAGGAUCAGGAUGGGGAGACGCCUUUACAUCGGGCAGCAUUACAUUGUAACAAGAGUUUUGUUCGUGUUUUGGUGGAGCAGGGCGCCAACGUCAACAUACAUAAUACAAGAGGACAGACCGCUUUACAGCUGGCAUUGUCAGGUAGUAACCUGGACGUCCUUCGUCUUCUAGUUGAGAACAGCAAUGAUGUCAACGUUCAGAAUCCGAUGGGACAAACAGCCUUACACCUGGCCGUAUCACGUGGUAGUAUGGAUCUUCUACGUCUACUGGUAGGGAAGAGCGCUGAUAUAAACGUACAGGAUCAGAAUGGGGAGACACCUUUACAUCAGGCGGCUUUACAUGGCAACGAAGAUUUUGUUCGUAUUUUGGUGGAGCAGGGCGCCAACGUCAACACACAGAAUACAAAACGACAAACAGCUUUACACCUGGCAGCCAUACGUGGUAGAAUGGAUCAUCUUCGUCUACUGGUAGAGAAGAGCGCUGAUAUAAACCUACAGGAUCAGGAUGGGGAGACGCCUUUACAUUGGGCAGCAUUACAUUGUAAUAAGAGUUUUGUUCGUAUUUUGGUGGAGCAGGGCGCCAACGUCAACAUACAUAAUACAAGAGGACAGACCGCUUUACAGCUGGCAUUGUCAGGUAGUAACCUGGACGUCCUUCGCCUUCUAGUUGAGAACAGCAAUGAUGUCAACGUUCAGAAUCCGAUGGGACAAACAGCCUUACACCUGGCCGCGUCAGGUGGUAGUAUGGAUCUUCUACGUCUACUGGUGGGGAAGAGCGCUGAUAUAAACGUACAGGAUCAGGAUGGGAAAACAUCUUUACACGUCGCGUCAUCACGUGGUAACGUGGACAUUGUUCGUAUCCUAGCGGAGCGGGAUGCUGAUGUCAACGUACAGAAUAAGGAUAAGGAGACUCCUCUACAUGCGGCUGUGUCACGUGAUAACGUAGACGCUGUCCGUAUUCUGGUGGAGCAGGGCGCUGACGUCAACGUACAGGAUCAGGAUGGGAAAACAUCUUUACACGUCGCGUCAUCACGUGGUAACGUGGACAUUGUUCGUAUCCUUGCGGAGCGGGAUGCUGAUGUCAACGUACAGAAUAAGGAUAAGGAGACUCCUCUACAUGCGGCUGUGUCACGUGAUAACGUAGACGUUGUCCGUAUUCUGGUGGAGCAGGGCGCUGACGUCAACGUACAGGAUCAGGAUGGGAAAACACCUUUACACGUCGCGUCAUCACGUGGUAACGUGGACAUUGUUCGUAUUCUUGUGGAGCGGGAUGCUGAUCUCAACGUACAGAAUAAGGAUGAGGAGACUCCUCUACAUGCGGCUGUGUCACGUGAUAAUGUAGACGUUGUCCGUAUUCUGGUGGAGCAGGGCGCUGACGUCAACGUACAGGAUCAG